AUGACAAAAAUACAUAAUGAGGCAAAUUCACAUAAAACUUCGUUUGCAAAGUAUCAAGGUUUUGUGACAUCGAAAAGUGUUGGCGCGGUCACAUUGCAAAUUAAUAGUCACGUUGAAGAAAAUAUAACUAAAAAUCGAGAAAUACUAAAAAGUAUUAUUCGUUCUAUUUUGUAUUGCGCGCGGCAAGAUAUUGGUUUACGCGGUCAUUAUAAUGUAAAUACUUCUUUAAACAAAAAUCUAGAAAAUACUGAACAAACAAACAAUCAAGGUAAUUUAAAAGAAUUAGUUGAUUUACUAUGUUUAGAAAACGAAAAGUUUGAUAAAGACUUAAAGUCUUUGCCUAAAAAUGCAAAAUACACAUCAAACAUUGUACAAAAUGAUAUUUUACUUGCGUCUUCCAAUAUUAUUACACAAACUAUUGUUAAAGAAGUUAAUGAAGGUAGUUCGGUGUACAGUUUAAUUGUGGAUGAAGCUCGAGAUGCUUCAACGUUAGAACAAAUGUCAAUAUGCAUAAAGUAUGUACAUAAAUCAAUUAUUAAAGAACGAUUUUUAGGAUUUGUACAAGUAUUAAAGUUGGAUGCACAAGGUCUCACUCAUUGUAUUAUCGAAUUUUUAAAUGCAGUUGGUUUAGAUAUUGAAAAAUGUAUUAGUCAGUCUUACGACGAAAUAUGCGAUAUUGGAAAGUCAUUUGAGGAGAUUAAAUCGGUUAUUGAACGCGUAUUGGUUAUUCCAGUAAGUUCGGCAUCAGCCGAAAGAAGUUUUUCAAGUAUGAGAAGAAUCAAGACAUAUUUACGGACAUCUAUGACUACUACGCGUCUUCAUAAUUUAGCACUGAUAUCAAUCGAAAGAGAGUUCAGUUCGGAGUUGUUGAAAGAUCCUACUAAGAUAAUUGACGAGCCUGUCCUAAAUUUUGGUCCUAGACACGCCUCUGAACCGUUGUAG